UCGCGCAUCCCGGAGAUCAUGGCGGCCGCCGGGACGCACUCACCGGGUGGGCCCAACGGCAUCAUCCGCAGCCAGUCCUUCGCCGGAUUCAGCACGCUGCAGGAAAAGCGCUCGAGGUGUAACUCGUUCAUGGGCAACUCGGUGCCGCAGAAGAAACCGGCGUCUAAACCCAAGAAACCCCACCUGUCUGGCCACAAGGGCGGCGCUGGCGCCGCUUCCAGAGAACCUCAACCCGGAAGAUUGGAAGACGUUUACACGGCACUUAAACGAGGCCUGGAAGAAUACCUGGAGGUGCACCAGACAGAGUUGGACAAGCUAACGUUGCUCAUGAAGGACAUGAAGAGGAACUCGCGGCUGGGCGUGCUCUAUGAUCUUGACAAGCAAAUCAAAGCCAUCGAGAGGUACAUGAGGCGGCUUGAGUUUCACAUGAGCAAGGUGGACGAGCUGUACGAGGCUUUCUGCAUCCAGAGCCGCCUUCGCGAUGGCGCGAGCCGCAUGAAGCAGGCCUUCACCUCCUCGCCCUCCACCAAGGCAACCAAGGAGAGCAUCGCUGAGGUCAACCGGCGAUACAAGGAGUAUACAGAGAACAUGAGCGCCUUUGAGAGCGAUCUGGAGAAUCUACUCGGGGAAUUUCACAUCAAGAUGAAAGGAUUGGCAGGUUUUGCCCGACUCUGUCCGGGAGACCAGUACGAGAUCUUCAUGCGUUAUGGUCGUCAGCGAUGGAAACUUAAGGGGAGGAUCGAAGUAAACUCCAGGCAGAGUUGGGACGGCGACGAGAUGAUCUUCAUGCCACUCAUUAGCGACCUCAUUAACAUCAAGGUGACGGAGCUGAAGGGGCUAGCCACGCACCUGCUGGUGGGCAGCGUGAUAUGCGAGACUAAGGAACUGUUCACCGCCAUGCCUCAGGUUGUGGCCGUGGACAUCAACGACCUAGGCACCAUCAAGCUCAACUUGGAGGUCACUUGGUACCCCUUCGAUGUGGAGGACCUGACGCUGUCGUCGAGCAACAUUAGCAAAGCAGCGGCGAUACAGCGGCGGGUGUCCAUUUACAGCCAGGGCACGCCCGAGACGCCCACUUUCCAGGACGCGUCUUUCUUUUCAACAUUACCGGACGACGUUUUUGAAAAUGGCAGCGUGUCAGAAUGCAAGCGCCUGUCGUACGCCUUCUCUGACGCGUCCAGCCCGAGCCCGGCGCCCAGCUCGCAUUCGCCGGCGCCGUCCAACCCAGAGAUCACCGUCACACCGCCCGACACGGACGCGUCGGCCUCGCCCUGUCGGAUACGGGAGGGCUCUAUCGCCGAGGAAGAAGAAGAAGAGGAGGAAGAAGACGGUGGCGCUGGCGAGACAGAUAGCGGGACGAGCGGCAGCCUGGAGGACUCUGAGUGGGAACGGACUGAGUCCCAACGCAGCAGCGGGCGCGCCGCCACAGUCGCGCCCGAGGACGUCUUUCUGGACCACGUGGACCAGCUCAAGCCCGUCCAACUGGAACAAGACGACGAGGACGAUGGCGGCAACCUGACUCGACAGCUGGUCAAGCGGUUGACUUCGUCGGAGGUGGAAGACGUCGAGGAGGGGCGGGGAAUCUUCCUUGAAGGCGGCGGCCUAGAGGAUGCAAUCCAUGGGCUCCUUUUGACGCUCGAGGCGCUCACGCACCGAUGCCGAGAACUACAGGACUUGGAACAAGAAGUCAUGCGAUUGGAGGACCUCUUGAAGUGCCGCCUACCCGGCCACAGGAGUCGCUCAUCCAGCUUGAGUUUGACGGUGGAAAGCGCGCUGGAGAGCUUCGACUUCCUCAACACGUCAGAUUUUGACGACGACGACACCGGGGACGACGCCGCGGCUGCCGCCGUCGUCAUCCUUGCUGCGCCGCCGCCAUUUGACAAUGACGGAGAACGCAGUGGCGGUCAGCACCCGGAAGCACGAGGCCACCUAAGCGAAGCCUUGACAGAGGACACAGGUGUGGGCAAUAGCGUGGCAGGCAGCCCCCUACCGCUCACCACUGGCAAUGACAACCUAGACGCCGCCCUGGUGGUCCACCUGCGCUACUGCAGGCGCCUCAUCCAGGUUUUAAGCGGCAGCAUAAGCGCAUGUCGGCGGCGUGGCGUCCUUCUCAAAAUGGUGGAGCAGACGCGGCUGCUAGAGGAAAUUGCCGAGAUGAUCGCGGACCACCCAGGGGUGCCAACGACUCCUGCUGAGGUGAUGCCAGGCCUGGCGCAAAGGGACAGGUUGAUGUCGUGGUGGACUGAGUGCAGCGGUUCUACGGGAUUCUUCCACACCACGCUGGACCAGGUGUUGGGUCACAUGACUCAGCGGUACCAGGAAAUGCUAACGGAGAAAUACCCACAAAGCUGUCACGCAGUCAUCUCUUUGGUGGCGUGCGAAAUGGCGGACCAAAACGACCUCCCCGAGUGGAACGGCCUACGACAGGAUGUUGUCACCGUCUUUCAGUUCCACACUUAUAUUCUGCGACAUCAAGUCCGUGACAUGGAGACGCACCUGCUACAAUUGGCCUCGGAAGAGUCAUUCGUCGAGCGUUUACAGAGCGGAGACGCCCAACAGUGUUUGUCGGCACUGGAAGAAGUCCCCGCGUGCCACCUGUGGCCCCAGGGCGCCACCCUGAGGACUCUAGCCUCGCUGCUCACCGCUGACGACCCCGCCGUCAAGUCCGCGGCGUCCGACUACCUCGCCGCGGCACCCAACGCCUAUUUUCGGAACAAGGCAGUGGAGUGUUACACGGAAGCGCUGUCGGAAGCAGGGGUCCACAGCCAACGAGCGGCGUGCGCGGCGCUCAGCUGCCUGAGGGCGGUGGAGAGCAUCCGAGCCGUUGUAGCGCUCUGUGACUCAGCCGACGAGGAACUGCGCCAUGUCGCCAUAGAAACGCUGCUCACGUUCGGCGAGGACGGUCGUCUGGCCUACGAACAACUGGACACGGUUCCAGGAGAAAUGAUUCGCUUGGGCGGACGUCGGGGUAACGCCGUCACCACCGCCUUUUAG